UUUUUUUGGUUGAGUGUCUGUUCUUAGGUUCAUGCCCAUUAGCGGCUUUUACUUGAUCUACUUGAAAUUCGGUAACUUUUCUUAUCCGCGACGAUCGAUCAGUGUUUCGCUGGGUGCCAAGUGUAAGAAAAGUGCGAGAAAAUCAGGAACUUGACUGUUUGGGGUUUCUGAUUGCCAUGUAUUUUGAUUUUGGUUAGAUUAAGUUCCUUUCAUUUUCUACUAAGCUACAUCGAAACAGUUGCCAGAGGAAACCCUAACCUUCAUUGGCGUUUGAUAUCCACGCAAGGAGAAAUAGAGACACACAUAUGAUGUUUUCUCUUUGCUGAUUAAGAAAGUUGAAUUGGGGGAGUGAAUUCGGAAGAGGGUUACCCAUACGGCGUCCGUAGGUGUGGGGACUGUUUCUGGAUUAAGAGAUACAAUCCUAAACAUGGCAAGUGUCGAUAGAUUGCCCGAGAAAUUGAAGGAUAUGAAAAUAAAGGAUGAUGAAAAUGAAAUGGAAGCUCCCGUGGUUGAGGAUAAUGGCAUGGGAACUGGUCAUAUAAUCGUUCCUACCGGUGGUGGUAACUCCGAUCAGCCAAAGCAGACAAUAAGCUACAUGGCUGAGCAUCUCGUUGGAAGUGGAUCUUUUGGAAUAGUUUUUCAGGCAAAGUGCUUAGACACUGGUGAAACUGUGGCAAUUAAGACAGUCUUGCAAGACAAGAGAUACAAAAACCGGGAAUUGCAGACAAUGCGUCCUCUGGACCACCCUAAUGUCGUGUCUCUCAGGCACUCUUUCUUCACCAAGACCAAAAAGGAUGAGCUUUAUCUUAACCUAGUACUGGAGUAUGUGCCUGAAACUCUUGACAGAGUGAUCAAAAAUUACAACAAGAUGAACCAAAGGAUGCCACUGUUAAAUGCAAAGAUCUACUUUUACCAGAUCUGCAGGGCCCUAGCUUACAUCCAUAACUGUUUUGGAGUAUGCCACAGAGACAUUAAGCCACAAAAUCUGUUAGUUUUCCCAAAUACCAACCAGGUGAAACUUUGUGAUUUUGGUAGUGCCAAAGUCUUGGUGAAAGGAGAACCGAACAUAUCGUACAUUUGUUCAAGGUACUACCGAGCACCUGAGCUCAUAUGUGGGGCCACUGAAUACACUACAGCAAUCGACAUCUGGUCAGCUGGCUGUGUGUUGGCCGAACUACUUCUUGGGCAGCCUCUCUUUCCUGGUGAGAGCAGAGUUGACCAGCUCGUUGAAAUCGCCAAGAUCUUAGGUACCCCGACAAGAGAAGAAAUAAAGUGCAUGAACCCUAGGUACACAGAGUUCAAAUUCCCCCAGAUAAAGGCCCAGCCAUGGCACAAAAUAUUCCCCAAGCUCAUGCCUCCUGAAGCAUUGGAUCUUGUCUCGAGAUUCUUACAAUACUCUCCGAACCUUAGAUGCACUGCUUUAGAAGCGUUAACGCAUCCUUUCUUCGACGAGCUGCGUGACCCCAAACCCCCUUGUACGCCAAACGGGCGAUGCCUCCCACCGCUUUUCAAUUUCAAACCUCGCGAGCUAGAAGGUGUUCCUCAAGAAAUACUGGUGAAGCUUGUACCAGAGCAUGCGAGGAGACAAUGCAGCUUUCUUGGGACAUAAAGUGGUUCCCUUUUAUCCAACAUCGAAUCACUUUGAUCCUCCAUAUAUAUAUAUAUAUAUAUAUAUAUAUGUAUUAUGUGGAGAAGUGGCUACUGACUUGUUAUUCAAGUUACCUGAACUAUAAUGAAAAAGACCAAUUGAUUUGUUCA